UCGUUUGUCACAAUGCACCUAUAAGGGAUAAUUUCAAAAUAUUUGGCAAGCCUAACGGUUAAAGCUUGUGUAUUUUUCCUCUCGCGGUAGUGAGAACAGAUUUGGCAAAUCUUUCCCAAAUUUAGAACAUUCUCACCAUUCUCUGACAUUUUUUUGCAACUCUGUCCACGGUCAUACUUACGAUACGAAAAGCUUGCGCAGCGGAAAAAGCGGAAAAAUACAACGGAAAACUACAAACAGGAAGCAGAUUACGUCCAAACCACCUUUCGACCAACGAUUAUAUAACCGACUGCCGCCCUGAGGAAUUAGGAUAGCGCAAAAUGGCCAAGAAAGUACUGAGAAAUGUGACGCACUGCAUCUUCGACAUGGAUGGCCUGUUGCUCGACACGGAAAGAAUAUACGAGGAGGUCACACGGCAAAUAGCCGCCUCCUUCGGCCGACCCUAUCCGGAGGCCACACGGUUCCGAGUCAUGGGCACCACAGAGAAGCGGUCGGCGGAGAUAGCCAUCACCGAGUGCCAGCUACCCAUCACAACGUCCGACUUUCUGAAGCGCUACUCCCAACUGUGCCACGAGCGGCUCGGCAAUGUUCCCCUGCUGGAAGGUGCUGAGCGCCUUUUGCGUCAUCUGCACGCCAACAAAGUGCCUUUCGCCUUGGCCACCAGCUCUGGAGCCGACAUGGUCGAGCUAAAGUCCACGUAUCACAAGGAACUAUUUGCUCUGUUCAAUCACAAGGUGUGCGGCUCCACCGACAAGGAGGUGGCGAACGGCAAGCCUGCUCCCGACAUAUUCCUGGUGGCUGCCAGUAGAUUUUCUAAGCCAGCCGUUGCCGGCGACUGCCUGGUGUUUGAGGAUUCGCCCAAUGGUGUGACAGCGGCCAAUAGUGCCGGCAUGCAGGUGGUCAUGGUGCCGGAUCCGCGACUAUCCGAGGAGUGUUGUUCCCACGCCACACAGGUGUUGCGCUCUCUUGCUGACUUCAAGCCUGAGCAGUUUGGACUGCCGCCUUUCACGGAUUAAUUAUGAGCUUAUUGAUGUAGUCUCUUUUUUGUAGCCAGGCGACGCUAAUACUGGAAAUUUGUGUACCUAUUACCCUGCAAUGGGUCCUAUGCCUAAAUGUUACUUAAUAUACACGUAAAUUGUG